UGCUUCACGUUUGCCCCCUCUUUGCGUGUAACGGCCAGAGAGGAAGGGCGUCCCUCUCGUCCUUCGGCUGCUAAAGGAAGGGCCGUAAGAACCCUUGAAUUCGAAAGAGGAAGCCGAGAACCAAGCUGGAGAGACGCUCAGAGCUCUCACUCCCUCUCGCCUGCUCGCUCCCAGCGGCAAGGUAGAAGAAGAGAAGAAUAAGAGGGAGAAAGGGGAGGGAGAUGGGGAGGAAGGGGCAGAAGAAGGGGAAGGGAGGGGAGCAGCGGUCGAGCAUCGUUACCGAGGCCACGCGCAUUAGAAUAGACAAAGUCCUCCAGGAUUUUCGAGUGUCAGAUGCCGAAGUCUACACCUUCGAACCGGGUUUGUCAAAACAUGAACGAGCUGCAAUUCAUGAAAUGUGCAGAAAAAUGGGUAUGGUGUCAAAAAGUUCUGGGUAUGGAGAACGUAGAUGCCUUUCGGUUUACAAAAACAGAAAGAAACAGGGAGCUGUUAAGAAUGAAGAUGAGACUGUUACUUGCUUGAAAUUUUCAGAAGAAACAAAAAAUGUUUUACAGGACUUAUUUACAUGUUUUCCUCCUGAUGAUGGAGAGCUGAGUGAAAAAGCACUCAGGAAUUCAAGUGAAAAGGGUGGUAAACGACCAUGGAAGCAGGGUACUAGCUUUUGCAAACCAUCGAUAAACAAGUCUGAAAUUGCAAAGAAGGUGGAUCUGCUUGCAUCUAAAAUAAGUGAUUCUGCACAGCUGAGAAAGAUUAUGGAAGACAGAGCUAAACUUCCAAUUGCAUCCUUCAAGGAUGUCAUCACAUCAACAUUGGAAACUGAUCAGGUUAUGCUGAUAUCUGGUGAGACUGGUUGCGGUAAAACUACUCAGGUCCCUCAAUAUAUCUUGGAUCAUAUGUGGGGAAAAGGCGAGGCAUGUAAAAUUGUAUGCACACAACCCAGGCGCAUAUCAGCCAUUUCAGUUGCUGAGAGGAUUGCUUAUGAAAGAGGGGAAACUGUUGGAGAAAAUGUUGGUUAUAAGAUACGUCUGGAGUCUAAAGGUGGGAAAAACUCAUCAAUAAUGUUCUGCACUAAUGGAGUUCUUUUGAGAUUAUUGAUUAGCAGAGGUGCAAAUUCAUCCAAGGCAGAAACAGGAAACAGGUCAUUGGAGGAUAGUAUCAUGGGAAUAACCCACAUUAUUGUGGAUGAAAUUCAUGAAAGGGACAGGUUUUCUGAUUUUAUGCUGGCAAUUCUCAGAGACCUCUUGCCUUCAUACCCUCAUCUACGAAUGGUACUCAUGAGUGCUACUAUUGAUGCUGAACGAUUUUCAAAGUAUUUCAAUGGAUGCCCCAUUAUUCAGGUCCCGGGGUUCACAUAUCCUGUCAAAACUUUCUAUUUGGAGGAUGUGCUUUCUGUCUUAAAAUCUGCAGAUGAUAAUCAUCUGAAUCCUGUGGCCAUAAGUGGUGUGGAGGAAGGUACUCCAUUGACAGAAGACUACAAAAAUGCCCUAGAUGAAUCGAUCAAUCUAGCUUUAGCAAAUGAUGAAUUUGACCCCCUGUUAGAGCUAAUUUCUACCGAGCAAACACCAAAAGUCUACAAUUACCAGCAUUCGUUGACUGGUGCAUCACCAUUGAUGGUGUUUGCCGGGAAAGGUAGAGUAGGAGAUGUAUGCAUGCUCCUGUCAUUUGGUGCUGACUGCUCUUUGUGUGCCAAUGAUGGAAGCACUGCACUGGAUUGGGCUCAGCAAGAAAAUCAUCUCCAUGUCUGUGAAAUUAUUAAAAAACACAUGGAGAAAGCUAUAUCUAAGUCAGCAGAGGAGGAGGAGCUACUGAGCGAAUACCUAGCAAGCAUUAACCCAGAGCACAUUGACACUGUACUAAUAGAGAGGUUAUUGAGAAAAAUUUGUACUGAUUCCAAGGAAGGAGCUAUCCUAGUUUUUCUUCCAGGAUGGGAUGACAUAAAUCAAACCAGAGAGAGAUUGCUUGCAUCUCCAUUUUUUCGAGAUCCAUCAAAGAUUGUGAUACUCUCUCUCCACUCUAUGAUUCCGUCUGCAGAGCAGAAGAAAGUUUUCAAAUGUCCACCUGCUGGAGUUCGUAAAAUAAUCCUCUCAACUAACAUUGCAGAGACUGCUGUUACCAUUGAUGAUGUUGUAUAUGUCAUAGACAGUGGUCGGAUGAAAGAGAAAAGUUAUGACCCUUAUAACAAUGUAUCUACUCUGCAAUCUUCUUGGGUUUCAAAAGCUAGUGCAAGGCAGCGUGAGGGACGUGCUGGUCGUUGUCAGCCAGGAACUUGUUACCAUCUGUACUCGAGAACACGUGCAGCAUCUCUGCCAGAGUACCAAGUUCCCGAAAUAAAGCGGAUGCCAAUUGAGGAACUUUGUUUGCAGGUCAAGUUGCUUGAUCCCGAUUGUAGAAUAGUAGACUUUUUGCAGAGAACUUUGGACCCUCCAGUUCCAGAAACUAUCCAUAAUGCAAUCAUUGUUCUUCAAGACAUUGGUGCCUUAACGGAUGAUGAAAAGCUUACAGAUCUCGGAGAAAAGCUUGGUUCCCUCCCUGUUCAUCCAUCAACUAGCAAGAUGCUAUUAUUUGCUAUCUUAAUGAAUUGCCUAGAACCUGCAUUAACACUAGCAUGUGCAGCAGAUUACAGGGAGCCCUUUAUUCUGCCAAUGGCUCCAGAUGAGAGGAAGAGAGCUGCGGUGGCCAAACUUGAGUUGGCUUCCUUGUACGGUGGGUAUAGUGAUCAGCUUGCUGUAGUUGCAGCAUUUGAUUGUUGGAAGUGUGCAAAAGACAGAGGUCAAGAAUCUCAGUUCUGCUCCAAGUAUUUUGUCUCUUCGAACACCAUGAAUAUGUUGUCUAGCAUGCGGAAGCAGCUUCAGAGCGAACUGGCAAAAAAUGGUUUUAUACCUUCAGAUAUAUCCAGUUGUAGUUUAAAUGCUCGAGAUCCAGGUAUCCUGCGGGCUGUCCUCAUGGCUGGUACUUAUCCAAUGGUGGGAAGAUUGCUCCCCCGUCGUAAGAAUGGUGGUAAAAGAGCUAUUGUGGAGACAGCUAGUGGUGCCAAAGUCCGCUUGCAUCCACAUUCUUCCAACUUCAACUUAUCGUUUAGUAAAUCUGCUGGUAGCCCACUUAUAAUUUAUGAUGAGAUUACCCGUGGAGAUGGAGGGAUGUACAUAAAAAACUGUUCUCUGGUUGGGCCAUACCCAUUGUUAUUACUUGCAAUGGAGAUGGUUGUUGCUCCUGCAAAUGAUGAUGAUGAAAGUGAUGAAGAUGAAGAAUCUUCCAGUGGUGAGGAAGAUGAGAUGGAGACGAACACAUCUUCUGGACAGCAUGGAGAGGAGAUCAUGUCUUCUCCUGAUAACAUUGUAUCAGUCAUUGCUGACAGAUGGCUAAGAUUUGAGUCAGCUGCACUUGAUGUUGCUCAGAUUUACUGCUUACGAGAACGGCUAUCUGCUGCUAUCUUAUUCAAAGUCAAAUAUCCACAGGAAGUUCUACCUCCUGCACUUGGAGCAUCCAUGUACGCCAUUGCUUGUAUUCUUUCAUAUGAUGGAUUGCCGAGUAUGGUGCCUGUUGACGAAUCGAUGGAACCCCAAACAUCAAAGGCAAAUGCUACAGACAUGAAGCAGGAAAGAAGAGCAAUUGGCUAUGUUUCUCCUGGCAAGUUCCUUAGAUUUUUGGCAUCAGAUCAAGCCCAAAAUAAAUCUAAUUUCCACAAGAUGAGGGAACCAAUGCAUGGUAGUGCCAUCUUGACAUACUCUGCACCGCAUACCCUGGUUGACAGGUUCCAACAACAAAGAACUCCCUUAAAUGGGCACGGUUCAGGUGGUUCCGGACCAAGGAUCCGGUCUUUCAAACGGCAGCGUGAAAAUGGGUGCCGUGCCAUAAUCUACAUCUUUGCAAGGUUUGCUAUCAAAUAUGGAGCCUUUGAGCAUGUUGCAAAGGGAUGAACAAAGAACUGAAACAAGAAGGAACAGCAGAAAGAGGAACAUGGCAAUUGUUGAUUUCAGCUGGACCAAUUUCAUUGAAAAAAAAAAGGAGAAAUACUUGAUGCUCCAGCCUUACAGAAAUGUCUGGUCAGUGCUUUACAUAAGCAGGUGGUGUGCGCAUGGAUGCAAGAACAUGGUAUGGGCAUUGUAAGAAACCAGGAAACAUGGAAGCUUGAAGUUGCUCAUGUAGUAGACAUUUGUACGUUGGGCAACUUCCAAGAAAGAAAGGAAGCUGCUCAAGUUCUGCGGCCUCCUUUUGGAAGGAGUGGAUGGAGGAGAGAGAGCGGUAAAGAGAGCAGACAGAUGGAGAAGCAAUACCGGCCGUUGAUCGUGGCGAUGAAGGGUCACCCUGGAACUGGGAAGUCCACCGUCGCACGUGACGUCGCCGCCGCCCUCCGCUGCCCUCUCCUCGACAAGGACGACGUCCGCGACUGCACCCU